UUUUUUUUUCAAAUUUUUUUUUUUUUUUUUUAAAAAAAAAAUCAUGAAGGCAAAGGAAAUAAAGUUAACGGAUUAUCAAAAAUUCCUGAAUUUUAUGGAAAACCCACCUUGCGACUUAAAUAUCGACCUUGAUGAUCUUUUUCAAAAUAUUUAUAAUAACAACCCAUACACUUUAUAUCGUCGUAAUAAAAUGAUACAACUUAGAUUAGAUGGACCAUAUGCUAUUAAUUAUAAAAUAUUAUUAGUUAGAAUGUGGCAUAAUGAGCCUAACGAAAUAAAAGAAUUUUUUAAAAUUCUAGCGAUCGAAGGAAAUCGUCGGUUUAAAUUGAGAUCGCAAAUGCCAUAUUAUGAAUAUUACCAACCACAACUAUCCUCACCCCGAUCAUAUCAAACGCAACCACAAACAACGCAAACAUAUGAAUAUUACCAACCUUACCAACCACAACCAUCCUCAACGCAGCCACAAUUACAUGAAACCUAUGAAUAUUACCAACCUUACCAACCACAACCAUCCUCAACGCAACCACAAACCUAUGAAACCUAUGAAUAUUACCAACCUUACCAACCACAACUAUCCUCAACGCAACCACAAUUACAAUUUCAGCCAUAUGAGGCAAAUGAAUUUUAUGAGCUAUAUGACCAACCACAACCGCAACCGCUAUCACAACCGCAACAGCUGCAACAACCGCAACAGCUGCAACAACCGCAACAGCAAUCGCAACCUCAUCUACUAUUAUAUCCUCUCCAACUGCAACCACAACAAGAAGAAUUCCUGCAAUCAUAUAUACCAGUUGAUGAAUUUCAGCUGCAGUCAAGUGAACAACAUGAACAACCGCAGUUACCAAUUGAUUAUGACUUUUAUUUUUAUUAAGCUUGCUUAAUUUUUUUAUCAUAAGAUUUUAUAUCAUAAGAUUAAUUGUAAAGAAAAAUAUUAAUAAA